UCAUGUCCUUUGACCCCUCCCUCACCCCUGCAGCACUGGUUAGAUGUCAAUGUCAUUACUUACGAAAACGCCUGUCACUCAGUCAGAGUCUGGAUAUUUGGAACUUCUUCCAAAAGAGUGGCAAAAAAAGCGAGCCGGUGGAGAGGGCAGAACAGCCAGAAAGUCAAAGCAGCAGCAGCAGCAGAGUUAACCACAGAUAAGCCAAGGAGGAGGACAGAUGAGAACAGCAGCAGCCAGGGGCAAAUGGAAGGAGGAGGCUUGAAGGAAACACAGAAGAAGCUUUUGACAGCUGAGGUCAGAUGACGAGAAUGCCCAAACAAUGGACAUAAUGGAUGAAAAGAAAAUGGUGACACUGAGUGUGGAGGAUGGCCCGUGGACAGGAUGUGCGGUUCUCUUCCUGCGCUCCUGUCCCGCAGUGAACCUGCUCUCUCUCUACAAAGACCAGCAGGGCAAGUUCAGCGUCUUCAAAGUCCUCAAGCUGACACUCACAGACUCAGCUGGUGGGCUGGAGGGGUACGAGAUCCUGAAGCUGCACGAUGCAGAUCCUCUGCUGGGUGUGGAGGUGAAGUUUGUGGAUGUGGCGGCGUGCCGCAGGUUCCUGCAAUGCUAUGGCUCCGGUGCCGUACAACAGUCCCUCUCCCAGCACGCCUGCCGCCUCCUCCACGGCCCACAGGAGCUUGUUUUGGAAACCCAGCUCAAAGCCGGGACGCACACUUUGGACUUUUGUCUGGACGACCUGGAGCUCUGUCUGCAGCACAUCCACCAGUCACAGCCGGGGCGCCUAAGGGAUGAUGAGAUUGCUGAGCUGGACCAGCAGCUGCAGAGCCAGGCCUUGGGUCACAUCCCCCAGCCACCCACCCUCUCACAGGAAGAGCCCCCCGUGCCCAGCAACUGUUUCCUGUUCCAGAAGAGGGUGUUUGAGGACCGCAUACUGGCAGCAGGGGACCUGCAGCGGUUCUCCAACGGCGUUGGGCGGGACUGGAGGAAAGUGGGGCGGGCCUUGGGCAAGAACUGCCGUGCGCUGAAGGGGCCGGCCAUAGACAACCUGGCCUACGAGUAUGAGAGGGAGGGGCUGUACGAGCAGGCCUAUCAGCUGCUGAGCCGCUUCAUCCAGGCGGAGGGGAGUGCGGCACGGCUGGGCCGGCUGGUCAGAGCACUGGAAGACAGCAAACUCACCAGCCUGGCUGAGAACAUUUUGGACAUCCAGCCCCGGGAGUGACGCUGUCUGUCACACUGUCUGGGGUUGUGUGUUGGUCUGUAUGUAUGUGUUUGUGUCUUUGUGAAAGAGUGGUAAAGUGUGGGUGGCAUUGCUUGUGUGAGCUUGUGUGCUACCACGUGUCUGUUCUGUGUGGGUUUUGUGUCUGUGAGCUUGAUUGUAUGUUUUUUUAUUUGAGUAAAAUUGUAUUGUGUCACAAAACGAAUAGUUCUCAUAAUUGCUAUGUCACGUCAUUGUUGUCUCUGGUUGGAGAGCAAACUGAAAUCACUGCGGGCCUUUUCUUCUUCCGCUUUAAACCCAACCCCCUUUCUCCACCACAGACCAUUGAUGUAUUUGAUCAUUCUACCAAUAACCAUUAGUUAUUACAAAAACUAGAUUGAUAUUGAACAAUUUGCAAUGGGAUUGGGGAAUAUUUGUUCCGAAAUCCAAAUAAAGUGUUGGAUUUAUAAAAACGAA